CUUCCCUGGAGGCAUACAGGUCUCCCUCAGCCACCCGUCUCCAGCUGGUGGGGACCUUGGGUGCUGGCAGGCAGCGGCUAGGCAGCAGGCUAGGUCCGCCUGCUGUGGAGCUGCUGCAUCCUGCGGUGCCUCUGUGGGAAAUGUGGGAGUGGUGGGGCCAGCGUCUGGCAGCUGUGUCUGUCUCGGGGCUGGGCGGAAGAGCUCUCGCGUGCCCCUUGCCCACUUUGACAGCGUCUCUCUGGGACUUGCAGGACUUGCUGAAGGAGUAUUACUUGGGCACCCCUGUAUCCCCAGUGCCCCUCCACGUGGUUCUGGCCCUGGAGCAGUUGAGCAAGCUGAAGCCCUCUUUUGGAAGCGAGGACAUGCAUGACAUCCUGACUCUGUGCUGGAAGAUCACUGUGACGCACCCUUCAGCGGAGAUGAUGCUGAAGAUCAGCAAGUCACAGCAAGCAGCUCGGUACCUGCAGCUUCUGAAAACAACUGUGAGAGCUCUGGGCCGGCUGAUGGCAGUCCUGCUCGAGACAGAGCACAGGCAUGGCUUCUUCCAGAACAUAGUCCAUGUGAGUAUGUGUGGGGCGAGGGAGAAAGCGUCGCUCCUGCCGAGAGCGGGGACAGAGCUCCGGGGCCAGAGAGGACGAUCAGAGGGGGAGAAAUCUCCUGCUGACGUGGCAGCUCACUGCGAGCUGAGAAACGGGCAGAGAAAUGGGCCCUGCAGGGGGAAAGGCAGGAGCCAGCCCCUGGCAGGCCGCAGCUGAGAACAAGCUCCUGGGUUAGGAGGCAGGUGUGUCUGCAGAGAGCGGGGGCAGCAGUGCCGCUGCUCGCGGAGGCGGGGGGCCGCGUGGAGCCACAGGGCAGGCCCUGAGGGAAAGAAAGA